GCGGCGGGCCGCGCAGAGUGAGAGGCUCUUUUGUUUGGCGGAGGGGAGGGCCGUCGGCCGGGCCUGCGGUACGCCUCUUCAGAGCGAGGGUCGACUGCGGACACCCGGCGUGUUGCUUUCUUGGGCACCACUUGCUCGUCCCAUCCAGUACGACGCGCCAGUCGCGCGAUACCGAUUUCUCUCUGACUCUCGGGCGCUGCUCUGAGCGGCGUCACCCUUUACACCAGAAAGCUGGCGGGCACUAUGGGAAAAAAGCAAAACAAGAAGAAAGUGGAGGAGGUACUAGAAGAGGAGGAAGAGGAAUAUGUGGUGGAAAAAGUUCUUGACCGUCGAGUUGUAAAGGGCAAAGUGGAAUACCUUCUAAAGUGGAAGGGUUUCUCGGAUGAGGACAAUACAUGGGAGCCAGAAGAGAACCUGGAUUGUCCCGACCUCAUUGCUGAGUUUCUACAGUCACAGAAAACAGCACAUGAGACAGACAAAUCAGAGGGGGGCAAGCGUAAAGCUGAUUCUGAUUCUGAAGACAGGGGAGAGGAAAGCAAACCAAAGAAGAAGAAGGAAGAGUCAGAAAAGCCACGAGGCUUUGCCCGGGGUUUGGAGCCGGAGCGGAUUAUUGGAGCUACAGACUCCAGCGGAGAGCUCAUGUUCCUGAUGAAAUGGAAAAACUCUGAUGAGGCUGAUCUAGUCCCUGCCAAGGAAGCUAAUGUCAAGUGCCCACAGGUUGUCAUAUCGUUCUAUGAGGAAAGGUUGACGUGGCAUUCCUACCCCUCCGAGGAUGACGACAAAAAAGACGACAAGAAUUAACUCCAGAGUAGCAGCCCCUGUCACCUCUGACUGUGGGUUUGAAAUGGGGAGGAAGGAGUUCUCCUUGUCUUGACACCAUAAGGUGGCUUGAGAAGAUGUCCUUUGAAGAGCCAGUAUCGUUUCUAUGCCCUGCAGCAGCCCAAGUGCUUUAAAGCCGUUCCACGCUAUAUAGUUUGCACACCCAUCCCAGUGGAGGGGGAAGGGUUAAGUGUUUCAAGGCAACCCACUCUGCAUUUUGCUGAGAAACGCAAAGGGCCUUCUAUGAAGGACAGGACUUGCAGAAGUGGGUGUGUGGGAGAGCAAAAAGAUACUGUUGAUCUUCAAAGAGCAUCUCCACAACCCACAGCCUUCUUCCCAAUAGUGUUAACUGCAUUUUUACAGCGUAGCAUGUGUGUAGUUUUGGCUAUUACUGGUGUAUUAUUUGGGAUUGGGAGGGGUGGGCUGGGAGGAGGGGAGAUGAAGAUAGGAUCAUUUUGAUUUAAAUUUGGGGCUUGAUUGGGGAAAUGGUAAAACAAUGGAGAGAACACCUAAUGAUUUGGUUCCGUGUUCAGAAUAUUUUACCUUUUCAAAAAAAGUAACAUAGACACCAUAAAUAGGGACUGUGUAGAGACUGCUGAAAAGCUGUGAAUGAGAUGUUCCCUGACUCGGCUUCAUGCUGCCUAUGAGGCUAAGCCAGUUCCUAAAUUACCAAAGCUGCCACUGUGGAGAGGGCAACAAAUUGAGGCAGAAGGGGGGUCAGGGGGGGUCCUUUAUUGAAGAGUAUACACAGGCAGACCAUUCUGUCUUCAAGGUGCUAAAUCUUGAAAUUAGAAAAGGAUCCCUCUUUUUUUUUUUUUUUUUCUUCCAAUUAUGUUUUCAAUUUGUCCACUUAAGUCACUGGCUUGAAUUGUUUGGGGAAGGCUGAGGGAGUGUAGGAGGUAGAAGAGCCUCGUGCUCUUACGGUAAAGCUUGUGAUCUGUUUUUUGAUCUUUGAACUCUGAGACCAUUAGUGUCAGGGUUCAGUCACAGCACAAAUUUCAUUGAGUCGCUCCAAGGGUUAAUUAUUCCAAAAGCUCUGGUCUCAGGAGAUUAACCUUUCAUACUAGGGCAGUGCUUUCCUCAAAAAGU